UCAGCCAGCCAGCUGGCAAUUCAGUUGAGUUUCUGUGGCACUGCCGUGUUGACUGACUUAUCAUCCACGUCGUGCGGUAGGCGAUAAGCCGCCACGAUGCAGCUUUCGACUUGAAUUAUCCAACAAUUGCGAAACUGGACUCUCUCCCACUCUACCUUAGUCUAUCUCUUUUGUUUUGCCGAAAUGUUUAAAGAGUGGCGGAAGCCCAAUCAAAAACGCUGGCAGCAGCAGCAGCAGCAACAGCAAAAGCUGCAGCAACUGCGCCGUCGUAUGCUUGACAGGGAGACGAUGAUUGUGUUUGUCUACGACACGGAGUGUCUAAAGGACGAGGCAGAUGAUCCCAUUGCCGCGGUGCUGUACUUUCAUCCCAGCUGGGUAUCGGACACACAGAAAGUGGCUCUAUGUGGUCAACUAAUGGGGACAUCGUAUUUCCUCAAGGAUUGUUUCUUCAAGCCGCGCAUCCUGGCCCUGCAGAAUGGCAAAUUUGUGCUUAAGGAGUUCGGUCGCUUCACUUUGGCCGUGGGCACCGAUCGCAACAUUGCCGAUGAGCUGCUGGAGCAUCGGGCGAAUCUGUUGAGCUCCCUCUUGAGGUUCUUUCAUCGUGAUUUGCAGUCGCUGCACGAUCAGUAUGCACAGACCUCCCAACAGCACAGCCGGAAUCUCAACGAGAAACUAUAUCACAUAUUUGAGACAUAUCUGCCCAUGCUUCAACGCAAUGGCAACACAUUCCAGAAUGUGCCCAAGCUGCGCAUGCCCAAGACCGCCAGUCACAUUUAUCUGGAGGCCAUACAGACGCUGCAAAGCUGUCAGCAAACAAGGGGCAUUCUCGGCGGCGCUAUUCUCUACCACAACAAAGUGGUUGCCUCCCAGCUGGGAGAUGUGGUGACCAAGCAGCUGGUGCUGACAGAUCCGCGUCAUAUACGCACCACGGCUGAACAGCUGAACAUGCAACAGUUUCACAUACCAAAUGGUGUGCAAAUGUUGGUGGUGUAUGUGGAGCAGCAGCACUAUCUCAAGUUGGUAGCAGAGGCGCAGCGUGCCCAGAAUAUGCAGACGACAACAGCGCAGCUGGGCCAAAGCGCGCUGCCAUUUCAGUAUGCAAAGCGUAAGUUGAAGCGGGACAAGUCGCUAAUCUUCACUCAUAUACCCGAGGAGGAGCAGGCCCCGGCCUCGACCGGCCCGGUGGUCCUGCCGGUGGCGAGACCAAAGUCUAUGCGGCCUACCCAUCUGCCGUUGCGCCUAAAGAACUUGCACAGCAAGGAGCUACCUGAGUCGGGCAUUGCUUCGAUCAAUUUUGAUGAGACAGAUUCGUAUCCCGAAUUUAUUGGACGCACCAGCGUCUGUAAUACGCCUAUGACAGAGAAUAAGGUGUUGCCGGUGGCUAGCGUUAUGUCUAUAUGCGCCAAUCCCGAAGAUGUGGAUGCCGAUGCGCACAACUCGAAUGGCAAGGUAGCAACACCGACGGCGUCGUCGUCACGUCGUAACUCGCUCAAGCUGGAUGUGGAAAAGUUCUUUUCGAACUUCAUCAGCAAUCCGAACAAGCAGCUGACGCGUCGCAAGUCCUCCGCUGACUUACAGGACGCAUUGCGUGCCAUUUCAAAGAAGCUGGGCCACAUCACACACGGCUACAAGACGGAUGUAAAUCGUAAUGGCAAUGGCAACGCCGACGCCGACGGCAGCAUCGAUGUGUCUCCCGACUUCAUAGGGAGCGAUGAGCGUAGAAGCUCGCGCACCAUUAGCGAUCCCACCUAUCCGGUUUUUAAUGCCAACGGGCAGCAGAUUUCGCGAAGCCUGUUCCAACAAUUUCUUGAACAAUAUCGUAAGCUGUGGGGCGUCGCCAGCGAGCAGGCCGGACAGGAUGCAGAGCUGGCGGCGCUCGUUUCCGAGUUUCAGGAGUUCAACCGGGAAAUACAGAAGUUGGACGAGCACAUGCGACAGCAGGCAGCCUCGUCUGAAGCAGCAGAUCGUAAUCUAAACAUUACUGCAAAGACGCCGUCAGAUAAGCGUGCCAUGUGUCUGCCCCUCAAGUCCGCUGGUGAGCCUGGCAUUGUGGAUCCAACAGUAACUCAGCGUCGUAAUGGAGGGAGCGGAGUUCCGCUAACGCCGCUAAUGGCUAAGCUCUCUGUGCUCGCGCUCAACGAGGCCACGCCAAUUGAGAUACAGACCCCCCUGGCUAGCAGCAAGGGAUUUCCGCGUCGCAGCUCGCUUAAAUAUGAGGAUGCAGUUGAUGCGCUGGCAGCAUUCUCCAAUGGUCAGCCAGCAGCUGCGUCUGCUCCUACGGAUGGACGGCAGCGAACAGAGCUGUUUGUGUGCGGGCAACAAAACAUGACGCUGCUGUUGCUCAUGGAGGAGGGCACCUGCUUUCAGCAGGCCGUUGUCCAGAAGAUGUUCGAGAUUUGCGUGGCCAAAUUUCCGCACAUGGAAUCUCAAUUGAAUCAAACCCUAAACGUCAAUGUGGAAGGCGAUAAGCGCGACGGCGGCAACUACAGUUUCAUGUGCAUCGAUGACAAGUGGGAUGCACUGCAGCGCAACGGGCCAUGGAAUCCGCUGGAGCUCAACACACUUGAGAGCAUGCAUCACGAUUUGAAGCAGCAGAGCGGACAGCUUACCGAUUUGAUACUUCGCUCACAAGACUCGGUCUUCUAUGGCUACAAGUGCGGACGCACAGAGUUCUUCUACAAGGAGCCCACACAUCAGAUCAAUGGCAUACCGCCGCCCUCGGAUCCCAUUGGAAACAUUCAGAUGCGCGCCAAGUCACGUCUGGAACGUGAUCAUUCCUACAUGCUCAUGUAGAUUACGGAAUAACCAUAUGCAUACAUAGCAACAAAAAAUACUCGCAUGCUUAGCCAAAAACUCACUGAUAAUGUCCAGAUCUUAUAUGGGCGCUGUAACUGCAACGCAACCAUAAAGCCAAUUUAAUGCCAUCCGUUCUAAUUGUAACUUACUUUGCCAUCUCAGCCUGUGUUUACACGACGCGGAGAAUUUAUAAAUUGAGUUCCCACGUUAAUCGCUUUUACGUGUACUGGAACGACAAACUAUAUCAAAUUUUAAUCUAUCUAUAUGUGCUUGUUACUCUCCUAGAAUCUAAUAAUUGGAGCUCGUGUAAGCACAGCAUAUUUUAAAAAAUAUUUUUGUGUAAACUAAAUACGCAGCUUUUAGCCAAAUCUUAUAUUAUGUACAUUUGUUUUUCUGCAUUCUUGUAAAGUACAAUAUCCUAAAGUAUUUGUUUUUAAUUUUUAUGUUAAUACACCCAAUUGUUGUUUAAUUAUAAUUCGGUAAAAUAUUUGAUUUUAUGUAAUUAGAAAAAAGAGCCAAAUAGUGAAACGUUUGCACUGUUGUUAUUAGGAAUUCAAUUUUCAAUAAUUUAUUUAUUAUUUGUUAUUAUUAUUUGUAAACUAGUUAAUAUAUAUAUAUAUAUGUCUUAUAUACAAAUAUGAAUUUUUGGCCAGGGCAUUUAAGGGCUCUGAAACCAUCUAUAAAGCUAUACCCAUGUCAACGUCGACUUAUUUACAAA